GCGUGGCUGAAGCGGCAUUUUACCUGUCCCCCAGCAAAGCAGAUGGAGCUUCUUGGCCCUUCUCGGAGACUCCUCCCAGCUGCAGCCUCUGUCAGUUCCCACCGGGAGCUUCGGCAGCCGCGUCGAGGGAGUGCGACGCGGACCCCUCCAGAGCCGCAAAUCAUCUGCGAGGCGGGAGAAGCAGGCAAGCAGCGGAGGCAAAGCACCCACCCGAGGCAGGCACGCCGCAUAAGAGAAAGUUUUGAAGGGAGAAGGACCUGUCAGGCUGGGGUGGAGGCGAAGAAAGCCUGGCUGAGCAGCAGGCGGGGCGAGGGUGCCUGCUCUGGCUGCUCCCCUCUUGCUUCUCCCUUCAGGCUGGCUAGGGCGAUGCAGUGCAGCUGGGGAAGCUCUUGGGAGCCGCUCUAAAAGAAAAAAAAAAUCCUUCCUGGAUUUGAUUAAUUACAACAAUCCCCUCCCCAGAAGAUCAGGAAAAUAGGAGAGAGCAUCACCUACCUCUCCCUCCGCCUUUCAGCAACUGGCUCCUACCCCCACCCUUCCGUCCCCCCCUUUUUCUCCACCUCCCUCUCCCUGUUUGCUCCUGGGGCUGCGGCCAGAGCCUUGGAGGAGGAGGAAGGGUAAAGACUCUCCCAAGUUGGCCCCAGUUGGCAGCACUUCGGGCAGCGCUCGGCAGAUCCCACCGAACAAAGAACCCCCUUUUCCCGCAGGGGCCGGAGGCAGCAGGGCCCCGCUCCUGCCCGGUGCCCUGGGCUGGCUUCUCCGAGCCCCCUGCGGGCGGGCGCGGCUGCCCGUUUUCCUGGAGACCCUCGAGAACCUGGCGAGGGGAAGCGGGAAGCAGCGCCCCGCUUUCUUGCCCUCCUCUCUGCCUCGUUCCCUCCCUCCUUUUUUUUUUUUUUUAUUUUCCUUCCUUUUUUCUGUUUUUUUUUUUUUUUUAAUUCCAUCCUCAGGCGGCCCCGGUGGGGGAGUUCGGGGGUUCCUCCCCGUCCCUCCCUCUGGCCGAGGGGCGCCGCUGCCCGGCGCUAAGCCGGGUGCAUGGGGCGGCGUUCCGGGAGGCUUUCGUCUGCUUCUCGCUCCCCCGCCGGAUGCUGCCUGGGCUGUUUUGGCUGCUUUUCUUCGCCGGCGAUGAAGGCUCUGCCUUGAAGAUGGAGAUGAUCUGGGUUUUAUUCCUGUCUCUGGUGCCGGUGUACAGCAGGGGACAAGGGGUUUACGCUCCUGCUCAGGCCCAAAUCAUCCAUGCUGGGCAGGCGUGUGUGGUGAAGGAAGACAACAUUAGUGAACGUGUUUACACAAUUCGGGAGGGGGACACGCUGGUCCUGCAGUGUCUGGUCACAGGACACCCCCGGCCACAGGUGAGAUGGACCAAAACUGCCGGCAGCGCGUCGGACAAAUUCCAAGAGACGUCAGUGCUUAACGAGACCCUUCGGAUUGAGAAGAUCCAAAGGCUGCAGGGGGGCCGCUAUUACUGUAAAGCAGAAAAUGGGGUUGGGGUCCCUGCCAUCAAGUCCAUUCGAGUAGAUGUGCAGUAUCUAGAUGAACCUGUUCUCACCAUUCACCAGACCAUCAGUGAUGUUCGUGGCAGCUUCUACCAGGAGAAGACUGUCUUCCUCCGCUGCACUGUCAACUCCAACCCACCAGCUCGUUUCAUCUGGAAACGGGGAGCUGAGACGCUUUCCCACAGUCAGGACAAUGGUGUGGACAUCUAUGAACCCCUCUACACACAGGGUGAAACCAAAGUCCUGAAGCUGAAGAACCUGCGGCCUCAGGAUUAUGCCAGCUACACGUGCCAGGUGUCCGUCCGCAACGUCUGCAGUAUCCCUGAUAAAUCCAUCACCUUCCAGCUCACAAAUACCACAGCUCCACCUGCUCUGAAGCUGUCUGUCAAUGAGACACUUGUGGUCAACCCUGGUGACAACAUCACUAUGCAGUGCUCUCUGACGGGUGGUGACCCACAGCCAGAGGUGGUUUGGUCUCACUCUCCUGGUCCAGUGCCUCCCAAUAGCCUUGUGCAAGGAGGCAAUCUCACCAUCUGGAGGAUCCGUGUGGAGGACUCGGGCUACUACAAUUGCACAGCCAUCAACAAUGUGGGGAACCCGGCAAAGAAGACGGUGAAUCUGCUGGUGCGGUCCAUGAAGAAUGCCACGUUUCAAAUCACCCCUGAUGUGAUCAAAGAGAGUGAGACCAUCCAGUUAGGGCAGGACUUGAAGCUCUCAUGCCAUGUAGAUGCUGUCCCCCAGGAGAAAGUUGUCUAUUCUUGGUACAAGAAUGGGAAACCAGCCAGGUUCUCGGACCGGUUGCUCAUCACCCGGAAUGACCCCGAGCUCCCACCUGUGACCUGCAGCUUGGAGAUUAUUGACCUGAGAUUCAGUGACUACGGCACCUACAUGUGCGUGGCUACCUUCCAGGGAGCACCCAUUCCUGACCUCAGUGUGGAGGUGAACAUUUCCUCAGAGACAGUGCCACCAACCAUCAGUGUCCCUAAGGGUCAGUCCACCAUCACCGUUCGGGAGGGCUCCAGGGCUGAGCUGCAGUGUGAGGUUCGAGGGAAACCCAAGCCACCCAUCAUCUGGUCCCGGGUAGAUAAGGAAACUCCCAUGCCUUCAGGGACAAUGACGGUGGAGACAUACGAUGGGAAGCUACGCCUGGAGAGUGUGAGCCGAGAAAUGAGUGGGACCUAUAAGUGUCAGACAGCCAGGUACAAUGGCUUUAACAUCAGACCCCGCGAAGCCAUGGUGCAGCUCAACGUUCAGUUCCCCCCUGUGGUGGAGCCACCCUUCCAGGACGUGCGUCAGGGUAUGGGGCGCAGCGUCACCCUGCGCUGCACCAUGCUGAAGGGCAGCCCCAUGAAGGUGGCCACCUCCGUCUGGCGCUUCAACGGGUCCCUUCUGGCGCAGCCGCUGGCAGAGCAGCAGGACUACUCGGAGCUGAAGGUGGACAGUGUCAGCCGGGAGACCAGCGGCAGCUAUGAGUGCAGCAUUUCCAACGACGUGGGGGUCUCCACCUGCCUCUUCCAGGUGUCCGCAAAGGCUUACAGCCCAGAGUUUUACUAUGACACUCCCAACCCCACCUUGAGCCAGAAGCAAUCCAAGAAUUACUCAUACAUCUUGCAGUGGACACAGAAGGAGCCUGAUGCUGUGGAUCCCAUCCUCAAGUACCGCCUGGAAGUCCGGCAGCUGGCUCAGAGAAACACCAUCCAGACCUUCAUUCCUGUGCAGAAAAUGGAGAAAGGCCUGUUGCUGGAGCAUGUCUUGCCCAACCUGAAAGUGCCUCAGAGCUAUGAAGUUCGUCUGACACCCAUCACCAGCUUUGGGGCUGGAGAUAUGGCUACCCGCAUCAUCCGGUACAUGGAACCAAUCAACUAUCCCAACCCAACAGAUAAUACUUGCCGCUUUGAGGAUGAGAAGAUCUGCGGCUUCAUGCAGGACAAGAUGGACAACUUUGACUGGACCCGGCAGAACGCCCUGACGCAGAACCCCAAGCGCACGGUCAACACGGGGCCCCCCACAGACAUAAGUGGUACGCCGGAGGGUUAUUACAUGUUCAUCGAGGCAUCCCGGCCCCGGGUCACAGGAGACAAAGCCCGGCUCAUCAGCCCCCUCUACAACAUUACUGCCAAGUAUUACUGUGUCUCCUUCUACUACCACAUGUACGGGAAGCACAUCGGCUCCUUGAACCUGCUGGUUCGUGUGAGGAACAAGCGAGCCAUCGACACCCAGGUCUGGUCACUCAGUGGGAACAGGGGGAACAUGUGGCAGCAAGCACAUGUGCCCAUCAACCCACCCGGGCCCUUCCAGAUCAUCUUCGAAGGUGUCCGGGGCACAAGCUAUGAGGGGGACAUUGCCAUCGAUGAUGUCACUCUGAAAAAGGGGGACUGCCCAAGGAAGCCAAUUGGACCGAAUAAGGCGGUUGCUCUUCCAGGAAGCGGUGUCCCAGCCCUGCACAGCCCUUGUCUUUGUGGCCCAUUGACUUUCUUCCUUUAUGUGCUGCUCAGAUGAUGGCAAGAGAGCGCUCCUGUCUUCAGACCAAGACAUUCCUGCUCCUUUCCUACUCAGCCACCUCUGCUCCUCUUCCUCCCCUCCUCACUGGCACACCAAAGUGUCCAUAUGUUACCAAAGACUUGACAGGCAUGACCGUGCGAAGGGAUCUGGGUCAGAACUGGAGCACUCCUUGAGAAAGUCAUAAUGUCUAGAACAAAAUAUAGAAAUAAAGACAAAUGUUUUUUAAAAGCACGUGCGCGAGAGUGAGAGAGAAGAAACAAAAAUACACAGAAAAGAAGGAAAGACAAAAAAUAGGAAUGAAGAAAUGUGAAGAGCAAAUGAAGGAGGAAAACAAACACCCCCAUGUUUCCUUGGGAAUGUCGGACAGGGCUUCCUCAGGGAAGUGGGAACUUGUUUUAAACAAACAAACAAAAAUAUAUUAAAGCACAAAUUUCUACCAGAA